AUGACCGAGCCUUUCCAGCUAAGGAAAGGCAGACUACGAUUCAACAGCUGCUUCUCUCAGGGGGACGCUGCUUUUACUGGCUCUAGCAAACUGCCGCUACAAAAAGAAAAUGAAGGUUUGAGAAUUGAGAUUGCUCAGUUGAGAUCGGAAAAGAAGAUGGCGCAAGAGGAAACUUUGGCUGUGGCGGCGAAUGCGGAAAUAGCUAUUGCAGAAGUUAGACGUCAAGAAGCGGUAGCUCAGCACCAUCGGAAUAAAGAAUAUAUUGCUAAAUUAAAUGGAGAGAGACUGCUCAGUUUUGCUCGUUUGUGUCAGCAAUUAGCGUGUACUCACUGUUGCGCUCGUCGUCAGGUACGGGUCAAGACUCCAAAAGUGUGGAAGAUGUGGGACGUAAAAUUGCCGUCAAGGAAACCACUACACUGCGAAGUUGCAAAAAUAGACGACCGCUUAGUUGUCGGUGGCUACAGCGGACAACUUCACGUGCUCAAAGAGGAUCAAAGAGAGUGGGACACUUAUGUGAGACCCUCAGGCGAUAUCUACGAAGUCGUUACCUACAAGGAUGACUGUUUACUACAAAUAUACGACAAAGUGUCGCACAAGUAUGUCAUUCAGCGGUUUCUCUUGACUGAGGAAGGACAUUGCUGGCAAGACGUUGCUGUAUUGCCUGACGAAUUGCAAUUAAAAGGCGUUGCUUUCGCAGUUUAUGGAGACUGGUUGUACGCUGUCGGUGGCAGAUGUGGCGAUUGGGAAUGUAUUAACACAGCCCGCGCUUGUAAUAUCGAAACAGGCAAGUGGUUUAAUAUCAAUGACAUGAAAUACAGACGCUCUAGCUGUUCUUCCGUUGUCGUCAAUAAGACUUUGUAUGUUGGCGGAGGCGGAGCAGAUGGCGGCGAAUUGUGUCGCGACGUAGAAGGUCUUCGUCUACAAACUGGAGAGUGGUUUUAUGGUGUGCCUACUGCCUGCUGGCAUGCUACUUUGAGCGCAUUCAACAACAACCUGCUUUCUACAGGAGGACUGACGACACACGGUUUUAGCAAAGCUAACGUGGUGCAGCUUUUUGAUGAAGAAAUUCAGAAUUGGUUGCCUUUGCCUUCGAUGUUGAGAGCGAGAUACAGACAUGGUGCGUGUGCUCUUUCGAGUGGAGAGCUCGUUGUAGCUGAAGGAGGAGGAGGUGGUUUCGGCACCUACACAAUAGAAAGCAUGAAUUUAGGAUUACGAGGUAGUGGGCAAGAUGACGAGUGCAACCUGAGUUUUAAUUAGACUUGGUUAUAUAGAAGCACAGCAGAGCCUUUUUCUUAGACUUAUAAAUCAACUAAAUUCUACCUUUCAAUAAACGUUUAUGCAGUGUAGUGGCAAAGACUAGGCUUCAUUAUUACGUGUAAUAUUAAUGUACUAACUCGGCAAAGUUUUGUUUUCAGACUUGAAGCGAUCAUGUAUAUUUAAACCAGAAAUAUACAAGUUAUGAAUCUUUUAUUAAAUCAC